AGUCAUCAGUCUCAUCAAAGAAAGAAAAUUAUAUUUCAUGAUUUUAGGCAGUCAAACAUUUAGUCACAUGAACAUGUCGGGGUGAUUGAAAAAACCCAAACCCAUCUGCUGCUAGAUUCCCUCCCAUUUUCAAGAAAUUUGGACAAGACCCACACCCAUUUGCUGGGUGUAGAAAUUGCAGAAACUGGUGCAACAGAAAGAGCAAAAAUGGAAGGCAGCAAGAAACCUCAUCACUUUGUUCUGGUUCAUGGGAUCUGCCAUGGAGCAUGGUGCUGGUACAAGGUCAUACCUCUGCUCAGAUCUGGCGGCCACCGGGUGACGGCAUUGGACCUCGGAGCAUGCGGAAUCCACCCGAAGAAACUCGACGAGAUAGCGACUGCUUCGGAGUAUGUGCAGCCAUUGACUGACUUCUUGGGCCGGCUUCCCGAUGACCAGAAGGUGGUUUUGGUGGGCCAUAGCUACGGCGGGCUUGCAAUAUCCAUGGCCAUGGAGAGUUUCCCAAACAAGGUCUUAGUUUCCGUCUUCCUUGCUGCCUACAUGCCCAACUCCAACCAUGCUCCGGCCACCCUUAUUCAAGAGUAUUUCGGAAGGCUCAAACCAGAGUUUCUAAUGGAUUGUCAAGUAACAUUCGAUCAAGGGCAGGAAAACCCACCCAAUUCUGUCACUCUUGGUUCGAGUUUCAUGGAAGCUGUAAUUUACACGCACUGCAAACCAGAGGAUGUGGAGCUGGGGAAAUUGUUAACAAGACCGGGUGCCCUUUAUGUGGAGGAUAUGGGAAAAGAGAAUUUGAUGACAGAAGAUAACUAUGGUUCGGUGAAAAGGGUAUAUGUGAUCUGCGAAGAUGAUCAGCUCAUGGACCAAGAUUUUCAGAAAUACAACAUACAAAACAGCUCUCUCCAAGCUCAUGAAGUGAAAUACAUACCUGCAGCUGGUCAUAUGGUCAUGCUGACAAAACCCCAAGAACUUUGCUCUUGUUUGCUGCAAAUAUCUGCUGCUGCUGCUAUUUCAGAUACUGCCAUUGUUUAAAUUUCAAGAGAUUGGUGUCUUGUAUCAGUAA